GGAGGCUAUUGGCCCCGCGGAAGAGGCCCCGGGCGUCGCGUGGUGAUGCGGCUCCGCCGCUGAAACUCCGGGUGUAGCCGCCUCCCCCCGCCCCUAUCAGAGCCGGGCUCGGCCCGUCGCCCUGCGCUGGCUUCGCGGAUCCUGCCGCCGCCCCCCUCCGUCUCCCAUGCGGGGCCCUCCCUCCGCCUGAGCCACUUGGGAGGGCGAGGGAGCGAGGCCGGCAUGGCCCGCCGCCUGGCUUAGCCGCUCGGGCCGCCGCGAAGGGAGAAGGCUGGGAAGGGGAGGGAGAGCAGGCCCGGCUGCGGCCCUGGCCGUGACGGCGCCUCGAUGCGGGGCUAGGAGCGCAGCCGCCCCUCGGCCUGCUCUGCCCGGGCGCGGAGCCGCGCUUUCUUCUCAGCCCGGAGCCGUCGGCCGCCAGCGUCUGCGAUGAACCCGGUGAAUGCCACAGCCUUGUACAUCUCCGCCAGUCGCCUGGUGCUCAACUACGGCCCCGGAGAGGAUCCGCAGUGCUUGGCCGAGAUCGGCAAGCUGCUGCCCUACUUCCGGCAGUCGCUCUCUUGCUGUGUGUGCGGAAAUCUGCUGCAAGAUCCAAUUGCACCCACCAACUCCACAUGUCAACAUUAUGUCUGCAAAACCUGUAAAGGCAAGAAAAUGAUGAUGAAACCAUCAUGUAGUUGGUGCAAGGACUAUGAGCAGUUUGAAGAAAAUAAACAGCUAAGCAUUCUAGUUAACUGCUAUAAAAAACUAUGCGAGUACAUAACACAAACACCACUGGCACGAGAUAUUAAACAAGCUGUGGACAGCUCUCCAGAUCUUUUGACUUUGCUCAAAGAUGGUUCCCCACUCCAUGAAGAUGCAGAAAAGGUGUCUGAUGAAGGCUUAGCAUUGUGUCUGACAUAUUCCCCAUCACCUUCAACUUCGGAGCAUAAUAAUGAACCUCCAGUUAGUAACUCUUCUGUACCCGAAAGCACAUGUGACUCAGAUGCAAAAGGCUUUGUUAUUAAUGGGUUGCCCAGUUGUAAUGGGCUAUCAGCAGAUAAACUUGGAGGAAAUAUUCCUUCCCCUGAACAUGAACAUUCAGUUGAUGUAUGUAGCCCUGGACAGUACAUGAAAACUGAAGAUAUUUCUAGCAGUCUGCAGCCCAUCUGUGAUACUGUUUCCCCUAGUGACUUGUGUGCAGAUAUCUGCAGUUUCAGUGAAGACAUAAAACCAGGCGAUCCUCUUUUGCUUAGUGUUGAGGAAGUACUGAGGAGCUUAGAGACUAACACAGAUGUCUGCAGUCCUAAUCUGCAGCAUGGGUUGGAAACCAGUUUAUCAAAUGGUCCUUUUUUGCAGCUUCCCCCCACACUUCCGAGUCAUAGUGUGUACAUGUCAUUGGGUUCUUCACCUCAUGGGAUUUCAUGUACAGCUGCAACACCUAAGGUAGUUAAAUUAAAUAGAAAGCGAUCGCGAUCGGAAAGUGACAGCGAAAAGGUUCAACCUCUUCCAAUUUCCAGUAUCCUUUGUGGCCCAACGUUGGGAGCCUCAGCUCCAGUAAUGGUGAAACAGGAAGCUAAGAUGUCUCUGCAGCCUAUAGCAACUGUACCCAAUGGAGGCACUGCUCCUAAAAUAGGCAAAACUGUACUCUUACCGAAUAAGAGCAUGAAAAAGAAUCUAGACCAUACUGCCAAGAAAUCUCGCCCAAAAUCUAAAUCAGGAAUGCUGAAAACAAAAGACAAAUCAAAAGCUAGCAGUCACGUCGUGCCAGGAAGUCCAACAAAAACUGUGUAUAAAAAGCAGCAAGAAAAGAAGGGGUGUAAAUGUGGCCGAGCCACCCAAAAUCCAAGUGUUCUUACAUGCCGUGGCCAACGAUGUCCUUGCUACUCAAACCGUAAAGCCUGCUUAGACUGCAUAUGCCGUGGCUGCCAAAAUUCAUAUAUGGCUAAUGGGGAGAAAAAACUGGAGGCAUUUGCAGUGCCAGAAAAAGCCUUGGAGCAGACUAGGCUUACUUUGGGCAUUAAUGUAACAAGCAUUGCUGUGCGCAAUGCCAGCACAAGUACCAGUGUAAUUAAUAUGACAGGGUCACCAGUAACGACAUUUUUAGCUGCCAGUACAAAUGAUGAUAAGAACUUGGAUGAAGCGAUAGACAUGAGAUAUGACUGCUGAGUCAUUCUUCUUUUGUCUUUCUCCCCUCUCCCCUCACCCUUUGGUAGGGGGACUGCUACAAUUUUGAAGGCAGCUAUGGUUCUGUUUAACCUGCCAGAGCUCCUACAUAUAGAUCACUUGUAUCAAGUGUUUUUCAUUGCUAUGUUGUGUGUUAGUGUCUGGGAAAUAGUUUGACGGUAAUUGCGGAGUUACCCUGAAACUGUCUUUAGUUCUUACAGCACCUCAUAGUUUCAGAUCAAAUGCUAAUGUAAAUGAUUUUUUAAUACAGAUUGACUUUUUUGGAAAAUACUGACCUUGUUGUACCAGUUCAUGCUUUGUGCUUAAUCAGAGAUUGGUUACAUAUGCAAAAUGGUUUCUAGUCAGUCCAUUACAGUUGUGCUCAUUUAUAAUGUAUCCAGGUUACUUAGUAUUGUACAUGAAUUGCACCAUAUUGGGAAUCUUUUUUAAAAUGUCAGAAAACAGCCUUCAAUACCAUAUUAUUUUUGGACAGAGAAAUUAGUAACUUAGUACUUAAAAUUUGUUCAAAAGAAAUUUUACAUUAAAAUGAUAAUUACUAUAAUUGCCCAACUAGUGUGCAACUUUUCAACAAAAGAACUUUGAACCUCAGCUCUCAGGGUUUUCAAAUACAAUCUUUUCUUCUGAAUAACAGUUUGAAAAUAAAGUGCGUUUGUCAUGAAGCCUCCUCCUUCUAAAACUGUUAAUUCUAUUUUCAUACUCUAGAGAUGGAUGCCUCUCAUGUAUUUCAUGCCACAGUAUUAACACUUUAUGUUGCAAGGCUUCAAAAUAAAAGCAAUUUAGUUUUCAUGUCAGAGUUAUCUGGGGUAUAUGUUUCAUUUUAGUUGGAGUGGAGGGAAACCCAAAGUCUAUUCUUACGCAUUUUUCACUGAGAUUAGUAAGGGAUGUAAAUGAAGUUUAAUCCUUACUUGGAAAUAAUAAAAUUAACAUGGUGAUGCUAGUUAAAAAGUUAAUACUCCAUAUAGCCUUUUAUAUAGCAUUUGCUAGUUUUGCAGUACAAGAUUAGCAUUAAACAGAGCUACACACUUCUAAAUUGGUCUUGGAAGGGAGUAACUCUGUUUAGGGAUGUACCAUCAAAAUCUUACUUUGGGUUAACAGAAACUUCCAUAGGAUGUACUUGCACAGUAAUAUCUAUGGGUAAUGAUAUCUUAAUUCCCUGAAUAUACACAGGCAAAAAUUGUCUUUUGAGAUUAGGUAGCUUGGCCAUUCUAGAACUAUUUCAUACUGUGAUUUUUUAAAGCAAUAAGUGAGUUCUUUUCAUUGUGGGUGGGCACUCUACAGUAUUUGAUGUUUUGUGUCCAUGGUUGGUUCCAGACAGACGUCUGGAGUACUGGCUGGGUACUUGUAUUCAUAAUUUUUUAGAAUAGAUGCUUCCCUCUUGGUGCAAAUUUAGGUUGCAAUCUUGCAUGUCUGGAAUACAAAGAGUAGAGAAGCUUCUAUCAGGCUAAAAUAUAGCAUAUUCUGGUAUGCUGCUGCAGUUGCAGGCAUGCUCCAACAUGGUCAAACAUUCAUUAUCAGCUUGGGGCCCUUCUACUUUUUCUCCUUCAGCAUUUGCUUUUUCUCAUCUAUCCACUCCUGAGAAUGGUUUCAUUCCUGCUUGUUUUGGGGCCCUCUAAAAGAAUCAGUUGUAGUGGUGUACAUGACAUGUAGCAGUGUAUAUGCAAGAUGGCCUUGAUUGGAAUUGCCUGGCAUGCAACAACAGCAAAUGGUAUGCCUAGCAGAGAUUGGCAUGGUUGUGGGAUAUACUUGUUCUCUGAAGGAAUUACUCCAUUCUCUGUGUACAGGAUUCCAAUAUUACUUUGUUUCUAGUUAUACCAUCGAGACAGAACUGUGAAGUUUAAAGUAUACUAAUUUUUGUUAAUCCUACUUUUUGAUGGUGUGUGUGUAGUAUCUAAAUUACUUGCAUAAACUAUGGACUGACUAGAAUAGAAAUGAUUACCCUGCUAUUUAUAGGACAGCAUCCUAAUUUAGGGCAAUAUUUAAUUAGCUCAUCUAAAGAGAUGCAGUGUCACAGUUCCUGAAAUUCCUUAAAUUUGCCAUCUAACUGUUAACUGAAUGUUGCCAAUGAAUUUGACAUUAGACACAUUUGGAUUUGGCACAAAGCAUGUAUAGUGAUGAUUAAUAGGUCUGCAAAGUAAGCAAAAGGUUUUGGACACCAAUUGGAUGAUGCCUCCUUUUUGUUCUGUAGUGUACCAUGGUGUCAUUUUAUGUGAAUGUGGUCAAAUAGCAUUUUGUUGGCUUUUUGGUUUGUUUUCCCCCUGUCUUUUCUGUGGGUAGGGCAGGGUGGGGGAGGGGGUUAAAGCCAUAGGAAGAAGAAUGUGAUGUAAGUGUUCAGUAUGUACUUUUUGUUUCUGUUUUGCAAGAAGAGUUGAAAAAUAUUUUUGAUAAUGAGAGUAAAUGGUGGAAAAUGCUCUUUAGUAUUCUUGUCUUUUUUGCCAUCCCAGGCUCUUGAAAUUUAUAUGCUUUAAUUUUAAGGUUUAUUAUGUCCUAUUAAAACAUAAUUGGUUAAAUAUGUAUGUAAUUUUGUGUGGACCAAAUGGGAUCUGCCGUUAUCUACUUCAGUGUUCUAACCUUGCUAGUAUAAAUCUGAUUUUUUUUUGAUACCUGUAAGGAGACUGAUCAAAGAAAAACCUGGUGUGAUGUUCUCAUGGCCUGGGUAUUAUCUAGAUGUCUGUUGAACUGUUAAAUUUUUCUGAGGUUGCUGCUAGUACAGUUAUGGAGCUCCAGUAUGUCAUGAGUGUGCCUCCCAUAAUAUGGGAAUAAUUUCAAUUUUAAUAUCUCUAUACAGCUGCACAAAACAUCAAUCUAGUAGCUGAUGAUUAAACUCAACUGUUCUUUGGAACCACUUAUUAGAGAUUCCAGAUCUUUAAUGUAUUUGCUAGUGGUGAAUUCAGGUUUGUUUUAAAAACUAGUUUCCUCCUGCACUGCCACAUUCUUAAACUGUGUAUUAAAAUUUGAGCUGAUU